AUGAGUUACAAUUCCCACCCUCACCCGUCUGAUCCCGAAUAUGCUUUAGAAACCCUGGAAAACCAGUUAGAACCAUUCAGCUGCGAUGAUGCCUUUCCUGGACUUGUGCAGCCGUCUCCGUCUGUGUUCCAGACCAACAUCGAUCCCAUUCCUGGCGGCGAGCCUCUGGGGCCCAACCCGCGCGAGCGCCCUUUGAAUUCGAAAGUUCCCAUCCCCCGUUCUGUAUACACUGGUAACUAUGUUGCCAGCAGCCGCGUCGGUAGAGCAUGCGAGAACUGCCGCAAGCAAAAGACCAAAUGCAGUGGACACCGUCCCACCUGUCAACGUUGCCAGGAUGUUCACAUCUGGUGUUCCUACGGCAAUCGGAAACGAGAAAAGAUGCUCCGCGAAAUCAAGGAUCUGACCGCGCAGGUUCAUAUUUACGAAGACUUGCUACAAGAACUGAACCCCCCACCUGGAUUCCUCAAUCAUUCGCAUCUCGUAUGGAGGAGGACGGAGAACUCUCUGGUCGUCGUAGCCCACGUCGAGGAGGACUUCAACCGCGAUCUAGCGUCGCAGGCGAUGGGCUUCGUGGGGGAACACUCGGAGAUGGCAUGGUUGUACAGACUCAAACGCGAUCUCGAUCAAGACAACAAAACCAUCGGAGAUAGCCUUGCUCGACCUUCGAUAUCAUCCGUCAACUACUUCCAGGACACGACGAUAAUUACAAGCCUUGAAGAUGUCGACCUACUAGUCCGACCGCCCCAGCAGAUUGCGGACAGACUCCUUGAAGACUACUUCCAAUCUGUGCAUCCCGAGUUUCCCAUCAUUGGCAAGGAGGCCUUCAUGGGCCAAUACCGGUCCUUCUAUUCGAAAAACAACGUUCGAGUCGGAAAGCGAUGGGUCGCUGUGCUGAAUCUGGUCUUGGCCGUCGCGGCGAGACUUUCUGAGCUAGCCCAGAGACAACCUCAAGGAAACUUCACUGACCAUGUGGUAUACUUUGCCCGGGCAUGGCGGCUGAGCAUGGGCGAUAUUGCGUUGCUGAAUCAUCCAAGUCUGGAGCAGGUGCAGGUGGAAGGCCUAGCUGCUUUCUAUCUUCUGUCCACGGGUCAAGUGAAUCGGUCGUGGCGAAUCAUCGGGACCGCGAUGCGGUCAGCGGUGACCAUAGGCCUCAAUCUUCGUAUAGAAAGUGACGGCGUUACUUAUAUAUCACAAGAGACUCGGUACAGCGUUUGGUGGGCGUUGUUCAUAUUGGAUACUGUGCUGUGUGUGGUGGCUGGCCGACCACCAAGCACCGACGAGGUUUUCUGCACUACUCCCCUUCCACGUCUCCGCAGAGAAGAAGACUUUUGGGAGGAAGGAGUUACACAACUUAUCACCGACCAGGACGCUCGAAAAAUUUUAUUGACAUCCUUACUCUCUAAUAACCUCAUGACCCCAGGGCCGAGCGAGGCUACGGUAGAACGCAGUCGCUCAACAAACUGUGGAUCAAGCAAUGGGACCGAUCCGACUACUCAAGGAAUGACAAACGCUCACAUAUCAAAUACGUCCCUAUACCUCUUAUACGCUGUAGACUUGGCGUCUCUGCUACGGGAAGCAAUCGAAACCCUAUACGCACCCGGGACCGCGCGGCGAUCCUGGCCAGAGAUGGAGGCGGCUAUCUUUACUUUUAACAGUAGUACUGACAAUUGGCUCUCCCGUCUUCCAGCAGAGUUUCACUUUGGGGCAUUAGAAAUAAACCAAACUUUUAUCCGCCAACGCAUCAGCCUAGGCUUCCGCUUCUAUACCACUAAGUUAGUCAUCACCCAGCCAUGCCUCCGCCACCUCGCCCGCCAACCCCCCGGUGCCACCUCCAGCACCGUGUGCGAUACCAUGGCAUCCAUGUGCGUGCAAGCCGCAUGCCAGAUGCUAGAUAUGCUGCCCGAUGAGGCGGAUGUGAACUGGCUCUACGGGGUUUCACCCUGGUGGUGUGUCGUACACUAUAUGAUGCAGUCCACCACCGUCCUCCUGAUCGAGCUCUUUGCACAAGGUCAACGGGGAUCCACCGAGGCCACCGUCCUCGCUAAGAAGGUCGAGAAGGCCAUCCGCUGGUUGCGAGCGAUUUCCAUCAACGAUUCAUCCUCACGACGAGCCUGGCUUGUCUGUAUAGAUAUUCUCUCACUGCACGGGUCAAAAUUGCCAUCGAAAGUUAAUGUUGAGAUCUAA